UGAGUUAUACAGAGAAGAUCCUUUUUGUAAAUUACAAGAUGAUAUAGCUGAAGUUUAUGAUGAAUUAGAGCAUGUCAGUGCAAAGGGGAAAGGCAAACAGAAUAAAAUAAAAUGAUCAAAUGUUCCCUAUUUCAUGGGCUGUUGUGGAGGUUGAGAACACUGAAAAUUGGACCUGGUUCAUAAAAAUUCUCAUGGAAGAGCUUGAGAUGGAUAAUGGACUAGGAAUUACCUUUAUUUCGGACCAACAAAAGGUAGAUUUUUGUUUCAUAUAUAUUGUUGAUUCAUCAUGAUUGCCAUAACACUUAUCUCAUUCAACACUCAUGUUAUUCAUGCAGGGUCUUAUUCAUGCAGUUAGCACAUUGGCACCACUAGCAGAGCAUAGAAAUUGUGCCCGACAUGUAUAUGCUAAUUGGAAGAAACAACACAAAGGUAUAACACUGAAGAAUAUGUUCUGGAAUGCAGUUAGAGCCACAUAUGUUGAACAAUACAAGUUGGCAAUUGAGGAUAUUAAAAGUGAGAAGCCUGCAGCGUAUGAGGAUUUCAUUGAGCGAGGGCCACAAAAAUUUUGUAAGGCUUUUCUGAACACAUUUCCUCGUUGUGACAUGGUAGACAAUAAUAUUAGUGAAACAUUCAAUGGGUACAUAAUAAAUGCUAGAGGUAAACAUGUUAUAGACAUGCUAGAGGAUAUUAGGUGCUCAUUGAUGGAGAGACAAUACAAGAAAAUUGUAGAAAUUGAGGCCCUUCAUGAUAGAUUAUGUCCUAAGGUUAGGAAGAAGUUGGAUAAGUUAAAGGCUCAAAGCAGAUUUUGUAUUCCACAUCCUGCCUUAGGUGGGUUUUUUGAAGUGGAUAUGUUUGAUGAUAAAUUUGUUGUGAGUGUUGAAGGUAAGACUUGUACUUGCAGAGCAUGGGACUUAUCAGGAAUCCCAUGUGUCCAUGCCAUUUCUGCAUUCUAUUUUUUGAAGCAGGAUCCGGCUGAAGUAGUCCAUGACUACUUCACAAUUGAAAGGUACAAAAAGGCAUAUGAAUUUGGUAUAGCACCAUUAAAUGGUGAGAAGCUGUGGCCUAAUGCAGAAGGGUGGGUUGUUAAAGCACCAAAGUGUAGGCGAAUGCCGGGAAGGCAGAGGGUUAAAAGAAAGAGAGAUGCUGAUGAGAGGGACUCUACCAAUCCAAAUAAGCUGCGCAGAUUCGGGUUAAAAAUGACAUGUCAAAAAUGUUUUCAAAAGGGACAUAACAAGGUUCGUUGCCAAAAUGCGCCAGUUGAGAAACCUAAGAAAGAGAAGGGGAGAAGGGGUAGACCACCAAAAACUACCAAUGAAAUGAAUAGGAAUUCACAAGCAAGCUCAGCAACAACUAUAACCACAGAAGCAUGUUCAAACCCAACAUUUGACAGAAGAGCUCUUGCAAAGGAAAGGGCAUUGGCAAACAAGGGAAUAGGUGUGUUGCAAACUGAAAGCGGUAAUAUCUAUGUGAAGUCAAGCUCUAGGAAGAGUGUGAAAGCGAUAAAUCCUACAACUUGGAAGCCACCAAGAACGAAGUCCCCAGCAACUCAAGAAAGCACUAAUUAGACAACAUAGGUUGAGUUCAGUUUUUGUGAAUGUAAUAGCUAAGAAAUUGUUGGUUUUUUGUAAGAUACAAUGUGGUUUUUCAUAUACUAUUCGCAUUGGUAUAAUAUUAGUUGAUUUUGU